GUUGAUUCAGAUAUCAGCCGGUAUUAUAUUGUUUAUUUUUCUGUCGGUCUGUGAAGUUGUUUUUUUUCUCUGCUGUGUUAUUUAAAAAUGUUAUAGGAAGAAGCGCUUUAAAUUAAAAGAUUCGCGGUUGAAUUUAUUUACAUUCAAUAAAGGUACAUUAAAUCAUUGUUUUCUGAUUCACCGACGAAAAAAAAAAUAGCUGUUUCCUCUUGCAAAUGGAUGAUGAUUAUUAUGAUGAUUACUUUGACGAUUACUACACUGAUGGAAUCGGAGAUUUGGAAAUGUUCGAACCACGUUUCGAGAAUAUUUGGUACGAUUGUAUCUGGCCAACGCUCACACAAAUAUCGAUAUUAGCACUAAAAUUCAUCACAGUGAAUUUCUUGUUUCGUAUUUUGACACAAACUUUUAUAAGGAACAAGAUUUGGAGUCAUUUAGUUUCUACAGUUUGCGGAGCCGUCUUGAUUUUUUUAACCGUUGAAACAGGAUUCAUCUAUAUUUAUGGACUUGUUAUUCUGUCAUACGGUAUGAUGUGGUUGCUGCAUAAGAUCCGACCGAGACGAAUGGGUUUCGUUAUAAGUUGCUUUGUAUUGGGUGUCUUGCUAUCUUGUGAAUACAUGGAGAAAGAUAAACGACUGUGGCAUCAACUACGAGGCUGUUUAAUGAUUGUGGUAAUGAAAAUCAUAUCUCUUGCUUUCGAUAUAGAUGCUACCAAGACAAAAGAUUUACCGAGAAUAGUGCCAUUUAUGGGUUAUGUUCUGUGCCCUGCAAGUGUUAUUUUUGGUCCAUGGCAUUCCUUUAAUGAUUACACAGGUAUUUUCGAAACAUCUAAAUGGAAUCUCAAAUAUGUCUUUCACAUUUUCUGCAACACAACGCUCGCUAUUACAUUCUUGCUCGUCUCAAACUGCUUCAUAUACGGAAUUAUUUCUGACAACACAUGGAAAUGGGUUAUUGCAUAUCGUGAUGCUCUUGCUUUCCGAAGCAGCCAUUAUUUUGUCUCAUUCAUGUCACAAAUGAGUAUGACGACAGCGGGUUUCAUUACUGUACCAUCAGACACAUCUUCGAAAUAUAGUUAUAACAAUCUUAUCGGAUAUGAAGUGACAAAGCCGCACAAAAUCGAAUUUCCACGGUCUCUAUUACAAGUCGUUGUUGGAUGGAAUAUUCCAAUGCACAAUUGGUUGAAGCAAUAUGUCUUUCGUGUCAUUAAACCUCACAGCACAUUCCUUGCGGUCUUUUCCACGUACUUGAUCUCAUCUAUUCUACAUGGACUCAAUCUUCAACUAUCUGCAGUAUUACUAUCUUUAGGACUUUAUACAUACGUAGAGUACAAACUGCGUCAGAAACUUAGCACAAUUUACAAUUCAUGCACACUGCCAAAUAAGUGCAAGCCAGGAAUGUGCAAUCAUGAUACCAAAAGUCAUUUUAACACAUUUUUGAAUGCUUUAUUUGCGUUAUUAACAGUUUUUCAUCUUGCAUACUUGGGAGUGAUGUUUGAAGCGGCUUUUCAUAUCCAAGAACAGGGUUAUUCAUUGACGCAUGCUUUAGAAAAAUGGAGUAAAUUAGACUUUGCUAGUCAUUGGACAAUACUUAUAAGUUACUUAUUUUAUUUGGUGAUUUAAUGAACAGUUUUAUUUUUACAUAUUUAUGAAAAUAAAUUUACAACAAUUUAUUUAAUUCAAAUGUUUAACGAAUUCAUACUACAGUAACCUUUGUUAGAAACUUCAUUAGAUAUAAAAUGAAGUUAAUUAAUAUUCGUAAUAUUUUUUGCCUAUUUCCAACAAACAUUUCAGUAAGAACAAGAUUUUGUCGACUCUAUUCGAAAUCGACUGAUAGAGAGGACCAAACGAAAGAUAUUCUUUCGAAAGUUUCCCCUUUACCUGAUAGGGUUGUUAGUUUAUGUGAUUGUUAUUGCGAAAUCAAACCUCAUGUAUCGAAAAAUGGCAAAUACAAAAAUCCUGAGUAUCAUUUAUAUCACAAAUGGAGUUUUUACGAAGCACAGAUAGAACUUCAGAAAUUUCGGAAUGAACAACCU